UCACCAACAACAUAUCCGGGUGCUUAAUUCCUUGGUGACAUUCGCUACUGCUACUAGCUGCUUCUGCCAAUGGCUUCUUCCUUCACUAAGUUUGUUGCUUGUCUUACCCUCCUGGCCCUCCUCCUUGGCACCUCCUCUGCUCAACUCACUCCUGACUUCUACUGCGACUCUUGCCCUGGCCUCCUUGAUGCCGUCCGAAACCAGAUCAAGUUGGCAGUGGCCAGAGAGAACAGGAUGGGUGCCUCCAUUCUCCGCCUGUUCUUCCAUGACUGCUUUGUUAACGGAUGUGAUGGAUCAUUGCUGCUGGAUGACACGCCAACAUUCGUUGGGGAGAAGAGGGCAGCUCCCAAUCUGAACUCAGCCAGAGGGUUUGAGGUGAUUGAUGCUGUCAAGGCAGCAGUGGAGGAGGUUUGCCCUGGUGUCGUCUCUUGUGCCGAUAUCCUCGCAAUCUCUGCUAGAGACUCUGUUGUUGAGUUGGGCGGACCAAGUUGGAACGUGAAGCUGGGAAGAAGGGAUGCCUUAACAGCGAGCCAAGCUGCAGCCAACACCAGCAUUCCACCUCCCACCAGCAACCUCGAUCAACUUGUCUCCAGUUUCCAAGCCCAAGGCCUCUCUGCCCAAGACAUGGUUGCUCUAUCAGGUGGCCAUACCAUUGGGCAGGCAAGGUGUACCAGCUUCAGAAGCCGCAUAUACAAUGAGACCACCAUAGAUGGAUUCUUUGCUGCAACCAGGCAAGCCGGGUGCCCAAGGACCGCUGGUUCAGGGGACAACAAUUUGGCACCUCUUGACAUGCAGAGCCCUACCUGCUUUGACAACUACUACUACAAGAACCUCGUCGCCAGGAGAGGCCUCCUCCACUCCGACCAGCAACUGCUCAGCGGUGGGUUCAGUGACUCCCAAGUUAGGCUUUACAGUGGAGACUCUGAUGCCUUCAGCAGGGACUUCGUUGCGGCCAUGAUCAAGAUGGGAGACAUCAAGCCCCUCACCGGCAACAAUGGCGAGAUUAGGAAGAACUGCAGGAGGGUGAACUAAGAGAAAGGCUGUUAUUGCCUUGAUUACUGUGUCAUUUAAAUCCAAAUUCAGUGGUGUGUGACGUAUCUUGAGAAAAAUAAUACAUUCCCUACGGAUCUUUUGUUUGGUCUUUGUGUAAUAUGUUGGUCUUCAAUUUAUUUUCUGGCGUUAUUUCCUGUAAGUGUAUGCUGAUUGGCAGCAUGUUGCCAAGUUAAUUUCAGUAAAUAAUAUAACUGUUCUACUCUUA